CUGAGCCCCCCAGGCGCCCCUCUGCUGGGAGUUAGAGCAGGCAGGGCGUCUAGAGUAUUGAUUGCCUCUGGAAACCAGAGCUGCCAAUUGUGCUCCGGCGGGCCUUGCUCAUGCUUCCUCAGGAGCAUUUUGUGACUCUUUGGACCAGGAAAGAAAGAUGCUCGCUGGUCUGAAAGUGCUCAGUCAUCCCUUGCCCCCUUGAGCAGGGCCACCGGGGCCCGAGGGUGGAGCAGUCUUCUGCCGGAGUGAACACAGGUCACCUCCAUUCAAAGCUCAGACAGGCCUCUGUGCCCCGACACCCCCACACCCUCUAGCCUGCAAAGGCACAGUCCUCUAGCACCUGUCACCGUCCCGCCCAUCAUCACAUGCUCUGUUGGAUCCUCACCUCCACAGCAUGUACCCCCACUCACCCCAUCACAUGAGCGUCUGCCUAGAGGCUGCCACUUUCCCAGAAUCUCCCAACACCUCUGAGACAGGCAGCACCCACAGACUCCGUUUUACAGACGGACAAGCUGCCUGCAGUGGAAAGCUGGAACAGCACACAGAACGGCGCGGUGUCAUCUACAGCCCGGCCUGGCCCCUCAACUACCCGCCGGGCACCAACUGCAGCUGGUACAUCCAGGGUGACCGUGGGGACAUGAUCACCAUCAGCUUCCGCAACUUUGAUGUGGAGGAGUCCCACCAGUGCUCCCUGGACUGGCUCAUGCUGGGCCCAGCAGCCUCGCCCCGCCAGGAGGCCUUCCGGCUCUGCGGCUCUGCCAUCCCGCCUGCCUUCAUCUCCGCCCGGGACCACGUCUGGAUCUUCUUCCACUCUGACGCCUCCAGCUCCGGCCAGGCCCAGGGCUUCCGUCUCUCCUACAUCCGAGGGAAGCUGGGCCAGGCGUCCUGCCAGGCAGACGAGUUCCGCUGUGACAACGGCAAAUGCGUGCCGGGGCCGUGGCAGUGCAACACUGUGGACGAGUGUGGCGACGGCUCCGAUGAGGGCAACUGCUCAGCGCCUGCCUCUGAGCCUCCCGGUAGCCUGUGCCCUGGGGGCACAUUCCCCUGCAGCGGGGCGCGCUCCACGCGCUGCCUGCCGGCGGAGCGGCGCUGCGAUGGCUCGCAGGACUGCGGGGACGGCUCCGACGAGGCCGGCUGCCCCGACCUGGCGUGUGGCCGGAGGCUGGGCAGCUUCUACGGCUCCUUCGCCUCCCCGGACCUGUUUGGCGCGGCCCGCGGGCCCUCGGACCUCCACUGCACGUGGCUGGUGGACACGCAGGACCCGCGGCGCGUGCUGCUGCAGCUGGAGCUGCGGCUGGGCUACGACGACUACGUGCAGGUGUACGAGGGCCUGGGCGAGCGCGGGGACCGCCUGCUGCAGACGCUGUCCUACCGUAGCAACCACCGGCCUGUGAGCCUGGAGGCGGCCCAGGGCCGCCUCACCGUGGCCUACCACGCCCGCGCCCGCAGCGCCGGCCACGGCUUCAACGCCACCUAUCAGGUGAAGGGCUACUGCCUCCCGUGGGAGCAGCCGUGUGGGAGCAGCAGGGAGGGGGCCGCGGGGGACGCGGGCGAGCAGGGCUGCUUCUCGGAGCCGCAGCGCUGCGACGGCUGGUGGCACUGUGCCAGCGGCCGCGACGAGCAGGGCUGCCCCGCCUGCCCGCCCGACCAGUACCCCUGCGAGGGCGGCAGCGGCCUGUGCUACGCACCCGCCGACCGCUGCAACAACCAGAAGAGCUGCCCCGACGGCGCGGACGAGAAGAAUUGCUUCUCCUGCCAGCCCGGCACCUUCCAUUGCGGCACCAACCUGUGCAUCUUCGAGACGUGGCGCUGUGACGGCCAGGAGGACUGCCAGGACGGCAGCGAUGAGCACGGCUGCCUGGCGGCCGUGCCGCGGAAGGUCAUCACCGCCGCCCUCAUCGGCAGCCUGGUGUGCGGCCUGCUGCUGGUCAUCGCCCUGGGCUGCGCCUUCAAGCUCUACUCGCUGCGCACGCAGGAGUACAGGGCCUUUGAGACCCAGAUGACGCGCCUGGAGGCCGAGUUUGUGCGGCGGGAGGCACCCCCGUCCUAUGGGCAGCUCAUCGCACAGGGCCUCAUUCCGCCCGUGGAGGACUUUCCCGUCUACAGUGCGUCCCAGGCCUCGGUGCUACAGAACCUUCGCACAGCCAUGCGGAGACAGAUGCGCAGGCACGCCUCCCGCCGAGGGCCCUCCCGCCGCCGCCUUGGCCGCCUCUGGAACCGGCUCUUUCACCGGCCGAGGGCACCGCGCGGACAGAUCCCACUGCUGACAGCUGCGCGCACCUCACAGACUGUGCUGGGCGACGGGCUCCUCCAGUCUGCGCCAGGGACCACCCCAGACCCGCCAGCAGCCCUCACGGACACGGGCAGCCCUGUGGUGGCUGGGGACAGGCCCCCCAGUGCCCCAGGCCACGCGCCAGAGGCGGGCUCUGCUGUGCCUCCCCCCUCUGGCCUGCGGGACCCAGAGUGCAGGCUGGUGGACAAGGACAGAAAGGCCUGCAGGGACUCUUUGGUGGACAGCUUGACCCCUGUGGACGCACCUCGGGAGCCCUGCUCGGCCCAGGACCCUCACACCCCGGCUCCUGCUGCCAGCAGCACCCUGGGCCCCCACGCACCAGAGCCACUGGGUGUCCGCAGGAGCCCCCCACCACCCUGCUCCCCAGCGUUGGAGGCCAGUGACGAUGAGGCCCUGCUGGUCUGCUGACCUGGACGUGCUGGUGACCGCCACAGCCCCGCUUUGUAACCAGGGAAUACACAGUCGUUUUUACCCUG